ACACCUAGUGGCAGACUUUUGAAACGCAACAAUAUUGACACCUUCCUCUUCAACGCAGAGCUCCAGUUCACGUGUGGUUCUAGGCUAAAUAGAUUCGGUUCAAUAUUCAGCUUCAGUGCUAGCACCCCAAGAGUUAACAACAAUGAAACCGGACACCAAAGCUUGUACUUCGACGUUUCCUGCAAGAACUCUGCAAAGAGAAGCAGAGGCUCACAGAGCACAAGAUAAAACAGCAGACAAACUUCAAGAAAAACUAGGAAAGUGGACUAUCGCGAUGGAUCAGCCCCAAGACACUCAGCCCUCCGCCCCCCUCAGCCCCAGUGUGAGGCAAGAAGGGCCUGCUGUCGCCAUCCGCUUUGAGAAGGCCCAAAACCGAAUCCAAAAGUUCACAGAAGGACAUCCUGGAUCUCUGGGGGUAGCUCAGAUCAUGUUUUGCCUGUUUCAUUUUGGAUGCAUUGCCAUUAUGUUGGCGCAGUAUGACGAACACCAUGUGGUACUAUUGAUUCACAUUGGAACUGGAUUUCUGGUGCUGAUCGCCGGGGCUUUGGCAAUAGCUUCUGAUAAAACUCUUCGUCUCCCUAUAAUCAAGGCAUGUCUUGGCAUGGAAGUCCUUGGAUGUACUUUCAUGGGUUUUAUAUUAUCAGUAUACAUUGUGAUGUCAAACCCAAUCGGUCUUUCUUACUGCCAUUUCCACUUUGAGAAUGAGACAUACAGCAGAGAAUUGAAACUGUGUGAUAAGUAUAACACGAUUGAGGAUUGUAUUGGUAUGGAGAUGCUUUUUGCAUUAGCUGUGCAAGUUGCAACCGGCAUAACCAUCGCUAUCUACUGCUGUAAAGCAAUCCAGUGCUGUGGUGCCCCAAGGAGCAUGCCCGUGAUUGUUAUCCAGCAACCUUCUGAGCAAGCGGAGAGCUAAGCAUCCUCCUCCAAUGCUGAACCUAAGAAGACAGCGGCAAUGGAGACUACAACUGAACAAACAAAUAUCCAAUUCCUAUGUAUUUUUUAUUAUAACCUCCUAUACUAGUAUAUUCAGUGGAGUGAAAUAUAUCAUCAUGAUUCAUAAACAAUAUUAUGAUUGUAUUCAAACAUACAGUACCUAUAGUAUUUACAGAAGGAAAUUAACUAACGAGAGGAGGCCAUUCAACCUAUCAGAGCUCGUCCGGUUCCCAGCAGCUGAUUGAUCUCAGAACUUUGUCAAGUUGGAUCUUGAAGGAUCCCAGUGAUUCUGCCUCAACAUCAUAGCUAGGUAACCCAUUCCAUCCCCUCACCACUCUCUGUGUGAAGACGUGUCUCCUUCCCUCUGUCCUAAGUCUAUCUCGUCUUCAUUUCAAUCUGUGUGUCCUCUGGUCCUGGUUUCUGUGCUGUGCUUGAAUUUGGGUUAGGUUAACGUUAUCACCUUGUUUCGAUUUAAAGACUUCACUAAAGUCACCCCUAUUUCUUCUGCCUAGAUUCAGUUCCCUCAAUAUUCAGAACUCUUUCCUGUAAAACCUGGGAUUAGUGUGGAUGCUCUUCAUUACCUUUCAAAAUGCUUUUAGAAAUCAGAAAAGAAACAAGUCUUUCUCAAGGUCUUCAAUAUUGAAAUGAGGUUAGAUUCAUUUUCUUAUAUCAGUGGGUGAUGUGGCCUCCCCAGUUGAUAAAGUGUGGUCUCUUAAUGGACCCAGUAGAGGAAAGUGCUGUUUUGUAUCAAACAUUAACCUUGCAGAGGUGUAAAUGGUUCUAGUUGCAGCAGGACAUGUAGAAGUUACACGUGGGAUAAAAGAGCAUUGUAACAGCUUGGCAUCUCAGCCCAUUGAAUUGAAUGGAGAGGCGAGGACUGGAAGCAAACCACGAACUACGGUUCAAAGACAAACGUUUUACCAUUCAACCGUACAGCAAGCUGUGUAGUGAUGUCAGUAUUAUAAACUCAUGAGCACGCAAUAAGUCAUUUGAAUCACCCUUGCAUAGUUCUUGCAUUAAACUUGCAUUUUGUGUGAUCCUAGCAUGCUCCCUGUGUUUCCCUGGUUUGGAAGACCACUGUUACAUUAAUAACUGGGAGGACCCCCUACAAAAUUAGCACAUUUCUGUCAUAGGAUUGUUUUAUGGUGACUACUCUUAUAAAAGUCUAACAUAGCAAAUGCAUAGUGUAACAAAACAUAGUGAAAGCAUGGUACAGCAUAGGCAAGCAUUGUAAAACCCAGAGAGGUGUGGUAAAGCAUAGGGAAGCAUUGUAAAGCACAGAGAGGUCUGGUAAAGCAUAGGGAA